AUGCUUGUCAUACACCUUUUUACAAUCGAGCCAUUACUAAAGCUGUGGCAUGAGACUUUCUUUUUUUAUGAAUCGAGUCAAACUGAAGAUAAAUAUGAUUCUAUGAUUCACUCAUUUUUUCUUUACUUACCGCGUUUCUUUUUUUCUUUUUUCUUUUUUCAUUUUCCUUCUCACUUUUUCUUUAUCCUUGUUUUUCUUUUCUUUUUUCAACGGAUUUUCCUUUCUUCCUGUUUAUCUUUCUUUUCAUUUUAUCUUUCUAUUUUUUUUGUUCUAGCUCAUCUCUCUCUUUCUCUCUCUCUUUCUAUUUAUCUAUCGCUUGCUAUCUCUAUCUGUUUAUGUCUAUCUAUCUCAGUUUCUUCAUAUCUUUAUCAGUCUGUUCAUAUAUGUCUGUUCGUCUCUCUCACUCUUUUACUCUCUCUCUCUCUUUCUCUCUCUCUCUAUCUAGCUAUUUCAUUCUGUUCAUUUCUCUCUCCCGGUUCAUCUAUCUAUCUAUCUAUCUAUCUAUCUAUCUCACUCUGUUCAUAUCCAUUAUUCUUCCUCACUCAUCCAUUUACAGUUGCUCUCUUAGAUUUCUGUCUCUUCACCACUCACUUUUUAUUUUAA